AUUGAGCUUUUCUCAACCAAAUUACAAAAAAUGGUGUCGCCUCUUCUUGCUUGUUGUUCGUCGGUUUAAUCUCCAUGGGUUUCUCUCGGGAUCCAAGAUCCCCUCGUAUGCCGACGAUGAUGAAUGGUUUCAACUCGAUGCAUUGCUUCAAGGAUGGAUCCUCCUUACGGUUUAGGCGUUUAGCCGAUCAGACUUCCCCUUCCUUGUAUACUUCGCCGAUUCAACCUCGGACUUCUUCUUUCUUUCAGAUCGCGGACAUAGCAGUGGGAAUUAGAGAGGACAACCAGAGGUGCGAUCUUCUUCUUCGUUCUUUGCCAAUUCCAAUUCGUCAACCAGUCAAGCGAGGGAGACCACCGGGGAGGGAAAUCGCCGGAACAAUUCUCCGGGAAACUACAUCAAGUAAUUAAAUUGAAAUUCUUCCGUCAAUUGAAUUGAGGUAGGGGUCAAAGAUUAGACGAGGAGCAACCUGGAGGAUGGUGAAGCAUGACGUUGGUGGAUGGCCGAAGCUGUUUUAUUUAAAUUGAAUAUAGGUUGUUGAAUUUGUUUAUUAAAUUACUAAAAUGUUGAAUGUUGUUUUUUGAAGGCUUCCGCAACGUUUGAAUUAUUUACUCCACUUAAUUAUCAAUUGCUUUAAAAUAAAUGUGAAUACAUGUU